AUGUCUUCGGUACUUGUGCCUGAAAUUCCUGCACCAGGAUUUUCGUUUGAUCUUUGUCAGCGGUAAUGUAAUACGUCAAAAUUAUAUUAUUAAAAAUAGCAAAGUCAGUAACAAACAUAAUUAUAAAAAGGAAGAGUAAUAUAUCGUAGUGUAUAACCUAUUACUUAAUAUUGCUAUGUCAUUCUUUAACAUUAUUUAUUUUUCUUAUUAAACAUUUCGCUCUUAUAAAUAUAUGAAGAGGCAUAUUUUUUACAGGAACAAUUUUUUAGUAAAGAAAGGAUUUCAAGCUCCCAAAGCUGUUAAAACAGGAACAACAAUUGCUGGAGUUGUUUAUAAAGAUGGAGUUGUUCUUGGUGUUGUUGUGGUGCUGGAACUGCUGCUGAUACUGAAAUGACAACUCAGAUGAUAUCUAGUCAAUUGGAGUUACAUCGUUUAAAUACUAACCGCAUAGUGCCAGUCUGUACUGCAAAUGCUAUGAUCAAACAGUUAUUAUUCCGUUAUCAAGGCAACAUUGGAGCAGCCUUAAUAUUAGGAGGUGUUGAUUUAGAUGGACCACAUUUAUAUUGUAUUUAUCCUCAUGGAUCUUCGGAUCGUCAUCUUUAUACCAGUAUGGGUACAGGAUCAUUAGCUGCAAUGGCUGUAUUCGAAAGUAGAUGGAAACCUGAUAUGACAGAAGAGGAGGCUAAAGAAUUGGUUGCAGAUGCUAUUCGCGCUGGUGUAUUUAAUGACUUGGCUUCUGGUUCUAAUGUAGAUUUAUGUGUCAUACGUAAAGGUUCUGUUGAUUAUUUGCGUCCUUAUGAUGUUGCUAAUGUUAAGGGACAGCGCAAUAUAUCGUACCGAUAUAAACGCGGUACUACCGCUGUGCUUAACAAAAUGGUACAUCCUAUAAUCAUCGAAGGAGAAACUUUAUCAAAGGUGCAUUUCUGGGCGCGAGACGUCUAGAUGCUUGUCUCGCAUCACCAGUACUUCUUCCACCACACCAUACUACAGGUGAGUUAGAAAACAGAAUAAAAACUCCACUAGAAUCGAGACUACUGGAUCUCAAAGGCCGUUCAACUGCUUUCGACGUGUAUGGAGUAGAUCCGAAAACUCUAACGAGAUAUUUUUCCGGAGCUAUGAAACAAAAGAGUCUUACCGAGGAUUAA